AUGUUCAUUCUUUUCAGCGCCCUGGCCAUUGCCAUCCUCAGCACGUUCAUCUGGCGGUGCUACUCUUGUCUUUCUCCGAAGAAGAAGAAGAGCGAUGAGCUCGAGUCCCAAUUCCAGCACCUCCCACCCCUCACCGGACAAAGAGGCAUGAGAAGAGAGCACAUGCACCUCCCAUACGCACAUUCCCUCAACUACCAUCUGCACGGCGGUAGAACCGGCGGUACUGACACCAGAGACAGAUACAGCGGCAGAGAAAGAGGAGGAAGAUACAUGAUUCGCACGACUUCGGGAUGGUGGCGCCAUGCUGCUGGUCCUGACCGUCGCUCUUUGCAUCGGAACCGACUCCAGAGACAUACACGCGUGGGACUCAGGGUACCGCCGACGAGGGGAACACCGCUGGAUAGUGUCUACCCCCUGGCUUACAUGCAGGAAGAGACGCGACAGGAACAGCCACCGCAGCAACAUCGAGAAGGAAGACGACAGGAAGCGUGGGAGAUGGAGGCGACGCACAAAGGGCAGGCGAGGGAGGCGACACCGCCCCCGCCGUACAAGGCUAGACGGUCCACAGAUGGGAUGGAUGAUCGCCCGCCGGGUUGUUUAUGUGGUCAUGUCGGCCAUGUGUAG